AUGGUAAGGUAAGUAAAUCACUUUAAUGAAUGGCAAGCAUGUCAGAAGAUUUUUAUUUUAUUUUUUAUUUUUUUUAUGUCCACAAGUUACUAGGAAACUAUAACGUUAAUCAUUAAACAUUUGUUGAUACAUUGUAUAGAUUAAGUUUAACUACUUUCUCGUAAGUGUUUCUACCAUAGCAGGUAACAAUGUAAGAAUGAGAAACUUUUUAAAUAAAAAAACACAAGUCCAUGUGAAUAAUCUGCAGUUUAGAAUUAUAAUAGCUAACACUUAAUGGUCAAGAAAUUAUGUUUCCAUACAGUAGUUAUGUGUUAAAAUUCAACUGCUGAGCGAUAGUUUCCUGUUUGUAAUGAUUUGUCUAGUCCUGUUUAGCAGUUUGUAAUUACAGUAUAAACCUGUGACUAACUUUUCUGAUUCAUUCGCUAUUAUUAUCAUAAUUUAUUGCUGUUUUAAUAGACAAUGAGGAACGCAAAUGACAUGAAUAAAACGACCAGUUCUUUUUUUUUACUUCUUGGAGUACAAAAAUGUAUAAAAUAUGCAAUUACCAGAGUAUACUUAAUCUUUUUUAUGGGAGAACAGUGUGCAUCCACUAACAAUUUACUCAAAACUUUGUGGGCAUUCUCCUACACAAAUAUAAUUCCUGAAAUUACAUAUUGUUAUAUAUGGUUGCUACUUUAAAAAAAAAAAAAAAAAGUUUUACUAUUUGACAGGUACUCGUUUUCCUCCCUUCAUUUCUUGGAGAUUGUAUAUGAAAGUAAUGAAAUAUUAACUGUUUUCCUCUUCGUUGUAGGAAUAUAUUACAUCUCUUUGUGCCCCUGAAUACAUCAAGCAAGAUACCUUGUCUCCUGAGCUUAGGAAGGUCUUGUUUAGACUAAGAGAUGCUAUUGAAUACAAGUGUCUUGCAAUCUUGAAAGUGAAAGAGGAGAGCUUUGAGAUCUCUGGACGUCAGGUGAACGUGAUGACGGCCUGGUCUAUGGUCAAGAAACUGGAAAUGGAAAAGAAGAGGCCGUCCAAGGAAGACAGGGCGGCUGCAAACGAGAUGGAGUACACACAAGACAUUGGAGAUUGUAGUGGUGAAUCAGAUGAAUGGACUAGCUCAGAAAGUGAAGCAGAGCAACAGGGAGGAAGGAGUAGUUUGGGGGGCUAUGUAAAAACACUUUUCCAGGGUAUGGAUAUCUCUAACAAGCCACAUCGUCAGCUCUGUAGAUCUCCUUGCUUGGAUCGGCCCAGCUUCUCCCAGAGCAGCAUUCAGGUGCCAGUUGACCACCAGAUGAAACUAGAUGAAGCAAAGGCUAACUUGGACAGAGAAUAUCAAUCAAAGAUGGACUUUGCUUUAAAGUUGGGCUACACGAGUGAGCAAAUUGAAGCCGUCCUUAAUAAGCUGGGAGCAGAUGCCCUCAUUAAUGACAUCCUCGCCGAACUGGUGAGACUGGGAAAUAAGGGAGAAUCAGAAUCACCAGGCAGUGGAUGUAACAGCAGUACCAACCUAGUACCCAGAGCUGCCUGUCCCAAAGAGACUACGAGCCCAGAGCUAUCUCUAGAAGAUGAAGUAGUGGACACCACAGAAAACCUCAGACCUAUUGUCAUUGAUGGCAGUAAUGUGGCAAUGAGGUAGGUCCAAUAUUCAGCUUGCUUAGCUUGAAAAAGAAAUCUAAGGUAUUAAAAAUGUGUUUUUGUGCAUGCAUGUCUAUUGUAAACAUACUUCUUACUAUUGUACUAAAGACAAAUGUUUAAAGGAAUGUUCUAAGCACCAAAACAACUUUAGCUAAAUGAAGUGCGUUGGUGUAUAUUUAGUGUACCUGCAGUCUCACUGUCUUAAAAAUCCCAUGUAACCCUGAGCCAAAUAAAGCAUUCUUUAAAGGUGCAAUAACAUUUAAUUCUGAAGUGUUUUUGGAAUCGGAAUCCACAUUUUAGGUCAAUUAUCAAACCCACGGCAGAAAAUAAAAAUUUAAUUUUGAAUUUGCCUUUUUAUUUACCAUUGAUUGGGCAUUUCACCAAGAGCUCAAUUUACUUGUGUUUCAGAAAACAGUUUAACACUAUGGUGUUUUUUUUCACUAAACUCAUAAUGUGUAGAAUUGCAAACUUUAGGCAAAAUAGUGGAGUUGGAGCAUUUUCCUUUUGAUUUAAAUGAGCAAUUCAUUCUCUAUUCUCCACUAUUCUCAAUAUUGUGAAUAAAGCUUUUUGUUUUAAGUCCAUAAUUAUUAAAAUUUGGCAACUGACGUGGCAUUUGCUUAAGUGAAAGUAGAAAAUGAUCUUUGUGAUAAUAGAAUUACUUGCAAAUGUAUACACUUUCUGCUAAGCCAAUUUAAAAUGACACCUCCCUCAUCUGGCAACAUACAUCUAUGCUAACAAUGAAAUGAAAGGAGACAGACUAUAGACUACCCUCCUAUAGAUAGGUCUCCUGCUCUCUAAUUACAUCUUAUAAUUGAUAGAAGAACAGAGGGACAGCACUGAUGUACUGGCAAUGAAGCCAGCCUGUAGACAUCAUGGAAGGAUUGUCCCCAGCAUUGACAAUUUCAUUAAUGUCUGGAGAACUGGAGAGUGGGUGUUAAAUAGUGUAACACCCACAACCCUUGGAUAGUGGCUGUGCUGGCACAUUAGAAAUAAGGAAAGUAAGUCCGUAACAGCUCCUGUAUCAACUAAAUAUAAUUUAUCUAUAUGAAGAAUUAGAUAUUCACUCUUACUGGUGCUGUCAUAUAUUAAAGUGAAGCUUAUAGAUUUAUAAAUAUUUAUACAUUAAGUUAUGUAUUGUAAAACCCCUCUGUUGUAUUCUUUCUAGUGUUAAAGUUGUUUCUGCUGGUGCAGAGCCAGAAGGGCCAAACAACCUAUGGAGCUCAUGUGCCAGGUGCUCCCAAUCUCUAGUUGGUAGGUAGGACUACCAGGUGAGCACUUGCACACACAUCCUGCCAGUGCUGACGAAGGGUCAACUGCAGGCUAGAAAAGGGGAAUUUGAGGGAACGAGAAAAUAGUGACUUUGCUCACAAAGUUCUCUUUGCUUCCCAGAACUGUGCAUUAAGAGUUCUAGUCAUGAAAGAGACGGAUACAAAGAGAGACAGUGAGACAAAAGUAGAAGGUGCAUCUGAGACUAUAGACAGAAGUGAUGUAAUUGGAAUUGCAAGCUUUGUCUCUCGUUUGAGAUGCUGAAAUGAGAUUAGAAAAAGACAGCUAGACAUAUUCAGUUAGAUAAAGUGGUGAAACUGCAGACCAACUACAGCAAAAAGUCAGUGUUUACAUUACAGCCUAGGGACAGCUCGAGUGGCCACUCCUUAGUGUGCAGCACUGAACUUUCCCCAUAGAGAUGCAUUGAUUAAAUGUACCUCUAUGAGGAGGUGUCAAGUGACCAGGGUGGCGUUUGAUUCCACCCCACUGACCCUCUUGCUUGACUGAGAUCUUCAGAAUUGACAAUCUCCGCCAAUCCAAUGCUUUCCUAUGGGAAAGCAUUAUGUUUGGCUGAGAUCAUCAGUUCUCAUGAUGUCAGCCAAGGAGGCGGAUCAGGGUGGAGCAAGCACUGGCGAACCCACGCAGCACUGGAAAUGAUGUGAGUUUUUACUAGCUGAAAAGGUGGCUAAAUUGUUUAACACUAUAGGGUCAGGAAUACAUAUUGUGUUCUCGACCCUUUACCCUAAGCAAGGCAAGUACCACAAAGGUCAAAUAAGUACAAAAUCCAUUUCAGAAACUAACAGCACAAGAAUAGUAAUAAAAUAUAAUAUAAUAUAUAUGUUGAGUCCACAACAUCAAACACACUAAAAAGAAUGGCUAACAGAAAGGUCAACCAGCAACCUAACAGCUGAAAAACUUAGCAGAGUGCAGCAAAUAAAGAUACAUAGAAUUAAAAGACAAAGACAUUGGAGGAAAGAAAGGGAAGAAAAAGAGGACAUAUGGGGCAAGCAGAAGGAAUAAGAAGGCCUUAAAAACAACAACUAUUUAAGGGCAUUUGCAUUGCAGUGUCUAGAACACAAACUUAUUUCUGACAGUAUAGUGUUAAAACCCCCAUUCUCCCUGUCAGAGCAGUGUUUAAACUCGCCUUUUUCCCCAUGCGGUGCCGUGCUCGACGCAGCUGGCCCUAAAUUUGAUGAUCUUAGCCAAUCGAAUGCUUUCCCUUAAGAACAAACGACAAACAGCGUUUCCUCAUAGAGAUGCAUUGAAACAAUGCAUCUGUAUGGCGAACAUUCCGCUUCUCCAUGCGGAGCGUGAAGGCGCCGAACGGCAAUCAGGAUGGACCUCUAGUGGCCCUAUGAGUGACUGCCACUUGAGGUGUUAUUGGGCAGUAAUUUACACACUGCCUUUGCUCUAAAAAGGCAAUGUCUACAUUAAAAAUCCUGCAGGGACAUGCUAUAGACCCCAGAAUCACCACAUUUAGCCAUUAACACCAUUAGGGCAUACCGUGCCGCCUUGAAAAACAGUGGGCUUAAACGCGGUUAGGAUGGCAUGGUACACCCUAAUGAUUAGGAGCACUCCACUAGAUAUAUACUUACGUUCCAUGACAAUCCCAAUUUUGGGGACUGCCUGACAACCCAAUCAAUUCACAUUGCUAAAAUGGCGGUCUACACAACUGCCUGCAGGGGUCUGUCUGGGUUGUCAGACAGUCCCGCAAACUGAAAAAAAACAUUUUUUAUUUUUUUUUAAAAGAAUGUUUUUCUAAGCCUAUUUUAUUUUUAAUAUAUAUAUAUAUAGAUAUAUUUAGAUAUAUAUUUUAACAUUUAAUUAUGUAUAAAUAAUAGAUACAUAUACAGAUAGAAAAUAAAUAUAUAUAUAUAUAUACAUACACACACACACAUGUAUCUAUUAUUUUUACAUAAUUAAGUGAUUUUAUUAAUUCUAAUUUUAUUAAAUCUAAAAAUGAUAAAGUGCCAUAUUUGACCCAGUAACUUUCCAAAACCCCCAUAAAGCCUUUGCAUGAGGUGUACUGUUGUACUCAUGAGACAUCCUUGAACACAAAUAUGUAUGUUUUAUACAGGAAAAGAUAUCAGUAUUAUGACAUUCACAGUUAAAAUGCCAUGCAGAACUUAGCAUUUCUUAAUUCCACACACUUUUUUUUUUGUUCAUAUUAAAUUGUUUCAUAUAUAAAUAUUUGACAAAAUUAUAUAUAGUAAGUGUGGAUGCAUUUAACAUGAAAGAGGUGAAUAAGGAUUGAACAGAUAUAUAGCUCAAAUUCUAGGUUUGGUUUUGAUCAGAACUUGUACAAUUGCCUCUGUCCUUAAGGGGUUAAGUGGUAGUUGUUCUGGUGACUAUAGUGUCCCUUUAAAGAUGUUUUCGAAAAGCAUAACUGGUUUCAUUUCCUAGUGUCUCUUGCCUUGGAAUAGUGCCCCUGGAGAGUAGCAGAAAUGGAGCAAACAUGAGUCUGGUUUAUAAAUAUCUUUAACAUGCAAGAAUUAUUGGAACCACUUGACUUUUGUUCUUAUAAACGUUUUCGAAGAUCUAAAGGAAAUUGUCAAUUAUCAUACUAAAUUCCAUUAAGUCGUAGCAGUAUGUUGCUUAUGUCUAUAAUGUGUUUUCCGCAUUUAGAAUAAUAGAUAAAAACAUUUCUAUCUGUGUAAUUUCAUUAACCUGUUGCCUUUUUGUGUUUUAAUUUUUGUUUGGUUUGUUUUAUUUAGUCAUGGCAAUAAAGAAGUUUUUUCCUGUCGAGGAAUACAGCUGGCUGUAGAGUGGUUCUUGGAGAAAGGACAUAAAGACAUCACUGUGUUUGUGCCUGCUUGGAGAAAAGAGCAAUCACGCCCUGAUGCACCAAUUACAGGUAAUACAGACCCUUCCAUGUGAACUGUGUCUGUUACGUCAAUGAUGAUCUUAGAAGAUAUUUUCAGCACAAAGGUUUUUUGUGUGAGAUGUGGCAAUUCUUCUCACAUUGACCUUUCAAACGCUGGCGAGCUUUGCAGCCCCAGUAAAGGAUAUUAAUAUGUCGUGCACCUCUAUUUCUCUACUUAAAGGGACACUAUAUUCACCAAAACAACUUGAGCUUAAUGAAGCAGUUUUUGUGUAUAGAUCAUGCCUCUGAAGUCUCACUGCUCAAUGCUCUGCCAUUAAAGAUUUAAAUCACUUUUGUUUCUGUUUAAGCAGCCCUAGCCACACCUCCCGUGUCUUUGAAACAGCCUGCAUGAAAGCCUAAUGGUUUCAUUUUUAAUCAAAUGUAACUUACUUUAAAUGGUUUUAUCUACUGCUUUGUAAAAUUAACUUUAAUUACAUACAAGAGGCUCCUGCAGGUUUUAGCAAGCUAUUAACAGGGCAUGAGAUAAGAAAUUCUAAUUCAAACCAAAUUUGCAAUAAAGUAAGUGUAAACAUCAGAUGACUCAUUACAGGAAAUGUUUAGGAAGGCUGAGUAAGUCACAUUCAAAGAGGUGUGACUAGGGCUGCAUAAACAAAGUGAUUUAACUCCUAAAUGGUAGAGAAUUAAGCAGUGAGACUACAGGGGCAUGAUCUAUACAUCAAAACUGGUCAAUUAAGCUAAAGUUGUUUUGAUGAGUAUAGUGUCUCUUUAAUUUAAAGUACGUCUUCAGUUUAAGUGUGUAGUUCGCCAUACAUAGUUGCACAAAUCCAUACUUGCCAACAUUUGGAGGUAUGAGAUUGGGAUGUGAGGGCGUCACUGGUGAACUAUGAAAAUUCAAUUGUUUGUAGAGACCUACAAACAUCAGCCCACUGAAAAGUAACAAUUUCUUUUCACAGACCAAGAAGUUUUAAGAAAGCUUGAAAAAGAGAAGAUAUUGGUAUUUACCCCAUCUCGCAGAGUUCAGGGACGGAGAGUUGUUUGUUAUGACGACCGCUUUAUAGUCAAGCUGGCCUUUGAUUCUGAUGGCAUCAUUGUAUCAAAUGACAACUAUCGUGAUCUGCAAAAUGAAAAGCCAGAAUGGAAGAAGUUCAUAGAAGAACGGCUCCUGAUGUACUCAUUUGCCAAUGACAAGUAUGUGCCUUUAAGUGCACUCCUUUCUAAACAUUUUUUAAUGUGAAAGACAUGUAAAUAAAAAGUAUUAAGCCUUAGGCUAAAAGUGAUUAUUAUUAUUAUUAUUAUUAUUAUUAAUAAUUGUAUUUAGAUAGUUCCUCUAUUUUCUGCAUGCUUUUCCGCACGCAUAAUUCUAUAAUGGGUUUAUUUAGCAAUUCAUUAAGACAAAACUGAUAUUGACAGACACAAGAGGUGAAGAAGUUCCUUCUCAAAUGGUAUUGCUUACCUUCUGAAACAUCUAUUUUCUGGGAAAGAAAAUCCUAUUACUGCAAUAUAUUGACUAUUAACUUAUAGCUAUGUUAUUUAUUAAUCAACAUUAUUUUCACAUUUUAAAGUUUAAGCACAGCACAAAACUCAAUGGCGGGAUGUACUGGAAUAAAUACAUGUCCAAUAGAAAGUAGUUAGACCCGCACAUUCUGUACACAUCUCUGACAAGAGCCCUGAAUGUAUAUCUGGAGCCUUUUUAGGGACAUUUUAUAUGGAGAUUUUCUAACUGCUUAAUACGUGCGAUUGAUAUAUAUAUAUAUAUAUAGAUAUAGAUAGAUAUAGAUAUAUAGAUAUAUAGAUAUAGAUAAAUAGAUAGAUAGCACUAUGGUUGGGCGCAAUGUGAGUAUAUUAUUAUUUUUGAAAAGCGUGGCUCCAGGGGAUAUAUAGAUUCCAUGUGGAUUUUUUUUCCCUGACUUUAAACUGGAAAAAAAAAAUUCUGAUUUCUACUGUAUGUCUGCAUAUAAUGAAAUACAUAGCUAUGUCUUUAGUAGUACUUGCUUUAACAUUUUCCUUGGGAUAUAUUAACUCCUAAUUAAUUAACCCCCUUUCCCCACCAGAUCAUCAUCCACAAGACAAACUUAUAGAUCUAGCCUCUACAGCAAGAUUAACAUUUCAAACGCAUGGUUUAAUGUGCCCAGCUGUAAAUAUUAUCUUGUAGAGCAGUUCAAAUCCACUCCAGACACCAGCACUUAGAGUAGUGGUGAUCAGUAUGUAGCUUCUUCACAUUAGAAAGGAAACAGGGUAAGGGUUAACCAACAAAAUUAAACAUCUGACAUUUUUAUGCAAUUCAGACAUGGAUGUUGGUUUAAUGUUGUAUUUAGUAUUUUUGUUCCCUUAAUACCUUGUAUGUUCACACCACUGUCUCACACUGAAAAUGGGCCACAUCUUUAUUUUCAGAUUUAUGCCUCCAGAUGAUCCCUUAGGAAGGCAUGGUCCCAGUUUGGAAAAUUUCCUUCGUAAAAAGCCUGUUAUUCCUGAGCACAAGAAGCAGCCAUGUCCUUAUGGUAAGCAAAUAGGUAUACUGCACUGUACUGGUGUGAUUCCCUGCUUCUUCUUCUAUGUGAUAUUUUCUGUUUUAUUUGUUUUAGACUUCCUUUAACAGUUUGUUUUAUUGGUAGUCAUACUUGAAUUACAAUAUAUUUAUAACCUCUGUAUAAAGAACAGUUUAAUUAUAACACAGUAUUAAAUUCUAUCAAACGUUUAUUAACAAUAGGCCAGACUAAAAUAAACUUGCCUAUAAUCUGAAUAUUCUUUGGUUUUUUUUUAAAGCUCUUGCUGCUCUUACUUAGUGUUUAAAACUCUAUUUAACUUUUCACUAUGCAGGAAUUAUGAGGAGGUUUAGUUUUGCUAAACUGUAACUCAGAAUAAAAGUAAAACCAUUUAGAAACACUGUGACAAAAUCAGGGGCUCUUUCUGCCCUCAGAGACCACACGUUUAGCUGGACAGAAUAUAUAUUCUAAACUUACCGGUACAUUUUAGGAAGUUGCAGAAAUCAUAUUUAAAUUUAAAAAUUGCAUUAAAGAUUGGUACAAAUAGCUGCCAGAUGUUAAUUGUCUCAUAUUUAUUUCAGGAAAAAAAUGUACAUAUGGACACAAGUGUAAAUAUUACCACCCUGAGCGAGCCAACCAGCCUUUGAGAUCUGUUGCAGAUGAGCUCAGAAUAAGUGCAAAACUAUCAGCUGUCAAAACCAUGAGUGAAGGGGCACUGGUAAAAUGUGGCACUGGAUCAUCCAGCUCCAAAGGGGAAGGUUGUGUUGAAACUAAACGCAUUGCCCCCAAAAGACAGUCAGAUCCCAGCAUUCGCUCUGCACCUGUAGAACCAGAGCAGAGGCUUUCAGCGGCUCGCAAGUCAGAAACAAGCUCUGUGCCAUCCUUGGUGUCUGCCCUUAGUGUCCCAAUCCUUCCUCCUUCAAAAAAUCAUGCUGUAAGUGCUCUGAAUACUCGAUCUGCCAGCAGCCCUGUGCCUGGGUCAUCACAGUUUUCUCACCAAAAGUCUUCUUUAGAUCAUAUGUCAAGUGUCCACUACCCACCGAUUCUGGUAACCAACAGUCACGGUAAUUCUGUGAGCUACACAGAGGAAUAUCCAAAAUAUGAGUCUCUGGGAGACCAUGGUUACUAUUCCAUGCUGAGUGAUUUUUCCAAUCUGAGUAUCAGCAGUAUGCACAGCUCAGACUAUUACACUUCAGAGCAAGACAGAGGAGCUUUUUCCAGAAACUCCAGUCCAUGUCCAGAGAGUUGCAUGAGUCAUAUGAACAGUGACUCCUAUUCCUCUUACAGUGACUUGUAUUUAGGCAUCUCAGACCCAGGGCCCGAUGACAACAUGAAACCUUCGAGACCUCCACCACAAAAUCGUCUGCAACAGUUUACUCAUGGUUACCAUGAACCACUUAACAGAGUACAGAGCUAUGGGCAGGAGGAAAUCAUGCAAGCUCCACGCAAGCAGUCCUCUUCACAUUUGGCCCUGCAUAUUCAGCAUCCCCUUGUGGGGGCACGCUCUAGUUGUCCCGGAGACUAUCCCAUGCCGGAGAACAUGCAUCCAUCUGCCAACGCUCAGCCUGGAAGAGCACUGGUAAUGACCAGAAUGGACAGCAUAUCGGACUCUCGUCUCUACGAGAGCAACCCCAUGAGGCAAAGACGACCUCCAUUGUGCCGUGAACAGCAUGCCAGCUGGGACCCUUUACCAUGUCCUACUGACUCAUACAAUUACCACUCUUACCCAUUGAGCAACAACCUAAUGCAGCCCUGCUAUGAACCAGUCAUGGUAAGAAGCAUGCCUGAAAAAAUGGAACAGCUCUGGAGGUCUCCUCACUGGCCAGUAAUGUCCAGUGAACCUAGGGAACAACACAUAAUUCCUGAGCACCAAUAUCAAACUUACAAAAAUUUGUGCAACAUUUUUCCGGCUAGCGUGGUACUCUCUGUCAUGGAAAAGAAUCCACAUGUUACGGAUGCCCAGCAGCUUGCCGCUGUUAUAGUUUCCAGGUUAAGAUCGGGUCAUCAACACUGCUAAUCAGCACAAUUAAUGUCUGGACAAUAGUAUCUAUUGAUCAUGUCGCCUGAAUGAAAGCUGGCAGUGUUUUACUAAAAACCUUUUCUCGCGUAGUUUGGCCCAUUGAGCAAUUUGCCGUGGUACAAAUUUUCGGAACACAAUAAACUUUUAAUUUAUUUAUUUUAUUUUUUGUAAAAGCUGUG